AAGUCUCUAGUCUUUCUUCUUUAAUCACUAAACUAAUCACUCAACUUUUUUCUUUUCUAAAAUGGGCAUUCAACUGAUGGGGAUAGCUCAUGCCAAACAAAAGCUUCAACGAAGCCUUUCGGCGAAAAUCGCCAGCGUUUUAGCUACUUGCAACGUUCCGAAAGGUCACGUUGCCGUCUAUGUCGGAGAAGGGUACAGAAAAAGAUUUGUGAUUCCGAUAUCAUACUUGAAUCAUCCUAUGUUCUUGCAGCUUCUACAUCGUGCUGAAGAAGAAUUCGGAUUCGAUCAUCCGAUGGGCGGUCUUACAUUACCAUGUAGUGAAGAUUAUUUCAUUACUCUUACUUCAGCUCUAAGUUGCUCAUGAGAAGAUGAAGAACUUAUUUUUCCUUUUUGUCUCAUUAAUUAAUUUUAUUUAAUCUGAAAGUAUAAACAAUCUGAGACCAAAAAUCUAACUCAGAUUUGUUUUUCACUUCUUGGAAGUGAUCACUGCUGCCUCACUAAAUUCAAAAUUUAUGUAGAUUUUUUCUAAUUUGUAAAUUAAUCAAAUAUCAUUAUCACUUGUUGCUGAA